UACUGGCCGUGGCUUCACACGGGGCGAGUUUUCGUACGGGCUGAACAACUGGAAUUUGUUUGAUAGAAGUGGCACGCUUAAAUGUGAAUGAGAUAGAUGAGAUGGAUGAAAUUAUUGCAACAGUGGUACAUCGUCGGAAAAUUGCUAUUGCAUUAUUUUUAAUUAUUGAAAAAUUGCGACGACAACGAAAUAAAUAUCGCCGACGUUUAUGGAGUCGACAGUGGCUGCAAUGACGAGAGACCCACAAUAGUGUUCUUACAAUGUUAUUUGAAGAAUUCGGACCUGAAGAUCCGAGAUCUUUUCAAAAUUUCACUAGAAUGCAAGAAGAGGUUAUGGAGGAACUGUUAAAUCUUCUUAUUCCAUAUAUUGAAAAGAAAGACACAGUAAUGAGAAAAGCAAUUUCUCCUCGGAUGAGACUGAGUGUUACGCUUCGAUAUUUGGCAACUGGCAAUUCAUUUCAAGAUCUUGCGUACUCUACAAGAAUUGCUCCAAAUACUCUGUCGAAAAUUAUAUUAGAAACAUUACAAACUAUUAUUACAGUGUUAAAUAAAAAUGUGAUACCAUUUCCAUCUAAACCUGAAGAGUGGGAAAUUGUAGCUCAUAAAUUUGGAACUAUGUGGCAAUUUCCUCAAUGCAUAGAUGCUAUAGACGGGAAACAUAUUUUAUUUUGUCCUCCACGUUCUGAAGGAUCUAAAUAUCGCAACUAUAAGGGAAAAGACAGCAUUAUUCUUUUCGCAUUAGUAGACGUAGAAUAUAAAUUUAUUUUUGUAGACGUUGGUAAAAAUGGUCGCACACAUGACUCUGCUGUAUUUCGUGAAAGUCUGUUAGGUAUAAAACUAAAGGAAAACACUCUUAAUUUGCCACAACCAAAGACUCUACUGAAUUUUAAUUUUCAAAUGCCAUAUGUAAUUGUAGGAGAUGAUGCUUUUUCUUUGCAUACAAAUUUAAUGAAACCAUAUCCUGACCGUGGCUUGACAGAAAACAGACGAAUAUUCAAUUACAGAUUAAGUAGAGCACGAAGAACUGUUGAAAAUGCAUUCGGCAUUCUGGCGAAUAGAUUCAGAGUUCUUCUAAAUCACAUACCACUCUCUGUAGAAAAAGUAGAAAUCAUAACAUAUGCAUGUGUGCUUCUUCAUAAUUUUCUGUUGAGUAAAAAUGUGCAACGUUAUAUUCCCUCUGAAUAUAGAUCAGAAAAUUUAGAAAUACCUGAAUCAUGAUUAUGUAGUGUGAAUCAACAAGGGGGAAAUCGUUCAUCUGUUGCAGCUGGUGAAAUAAGAGACAUGUUUACUGAAUAUUUUAAUACAACUGGUGCUGUUUCA